AUGGCGGUGCAGAAGCCAGCGUUGGUUCACCUGGCCAUUAUCCACUGUGUCCCAGCUGUGGCACUCUUCUGCAUUGCUCAGCUGCCCAAGGAGGUGCUGGAGAUCCAAAAUGAUCUUUUCCAGACCCCGCUCCACCUCGCCGUGUACCUGGAGCAGCCCAGCGUGAUCCAGGCGCUGAUCCACAAGGGAGUGAACCCCGGGCUGCAGGACCGCAACGGCAACACGCCGCUGCACCCGGCCUGCGAGCAGCAGCGCCUGCGCUGCGCCCAGCAGCUGCUGCACGGCACGGGCUACCCAGACCCCGGGCACCACCAUGACCUCCAGCUCCAGAACUGGCAAGGCUUGGCCUGUCUGCACAUCAGCACCUUGAAGGGGAACAUCCCGAUGAUGUCUCUGCUGCUGGAGAGCGGUGCCAACAUCGACGUUCGGGAGGGCACGAGUGGGAAGACCCCGUUGCACCUGGCCGUGGAGUGCCACAACCGCAGGGCUGUCCAGUUCCUGCUGCGCAACGGGGCAUACGUGGACGCCCAGAUGUACAACGGGUGCACCCCGCUCCACCUGGCCGUGGGCCGCAAGGACGCUGCCAUCGCCGCCAUCAUCUCCCACUCCGGGGCUGACACCCUGCUGAGGAACAUGGAGAACGCGAACGCCCAGGACCUGGCUGAUGGCAAUGACGACCUCCUCGCCUUGCUGCCCUUCGAUGACCUGAAGAUCUCGGGGAAGCCUGUUGUGUGCUCCGAAUGAGCGGCCGGACUCCUUUGGCCCCUCGGGCUGCCUCCUCGUUCUGCCCUGCUGCCCACUGGGACAUUGCCUGCCUGCAGUGCAGUGGGAGCAGAGCCACGAUGGGAGACUUCUACCCACCCUCUCCUCUUUGGAAAAGUUUUGUUGGCCUCAGGCUGCCUUCCCGGAGGGAAGAAGGUGGCACUAUGAGCACUACACAGGAGAGGCUUUUCUUUUAGUAUUUGUGCCCUGCAGCAGGACUGAAUUUCCCGUCCCUGCCAUGGGUCUGAUUUGGGGGGGUCUCCAGCUCACCCAGGGAAGGAGCAGGAGAGGACUCCUUUUCACGCUGUAUGGGACAGAGCAUCCUCUGGCACCCCCAGACGCCACCAGAAUAACCGCGGGGUGAGGAGAGCUAACGCCCACUCUAAUAAACGUUUGUUCUUGC